AUGGCAUUGAGAGCUGCAUUAAGGAACAAGUCCGGCUUAUCAAGUCUACUUUCCCAGCGGUCGUCAUGCCACAGUCAUGGCAGAGUGUGUUUGUCUCCUGUCCUCGUUGCUCAGCGGAGGAACAACUCCACCUCACCUAAGAUCAAAGUGGAUUUUGACCAAAGCACAGGCGUGGCAGUGAUGCAAAUGCAGAGUCCGCCGGUCAACAGCUUGAGUUUAGAUUUCCUCACGGAGUUCUGCAUUGGCGUGGAGAAGCUGGAGAUGGACAAGAGCUGCCGAGGCCUCAUCAUCACCUCGAACCAGCCUAAGGUGUUCUCAGCCGGGCUGGACAUCAUGGAGAUGUACGGGAAGAGUCCAGAGCGCUGUGGAGAGUUCUGGAGAGCUGUUCAGGAGAUGUGGCUGAAACUCUAUAGCUCCAACCUGGUCACUAUAGCUGCAAUCAAUGGUUCCAGUCCUGCGGGUGGCUGUCUGAUGUCUAUUACAUGUGACUACAGGAUAAUGGCGGACAACCCUCGCUACAGCAUCGGCCUUAAUGAGACACAGCUCGGCAUCGUAGCACCUUUUUGGUUUAAGGACACCAUGACAAACACAGUGGGCCACCGAACCACAGAGAUAGCUCUGGAGCUGGGGCUGCUUUAUAACCCUUCAGAGGCCCUGAAGAUAGGACUUGUGGAUCAGCUGGUACCCGAAGACCAGGUCCUCACCACAGCCACACAGACCAUGGCUAAGUGGUUGGCUAUUCCAGACCACGCCAGACAGAUCACCAAGUCCAUGAUGAGGAAGCCAACCAUCGACAAACUAACAUCCAACAGAGAGGCUGACAUCCAAAACUUUGUCAGCUUCAUCACCAAAGACUCCAUUCAGAAGUCGCUCCGCAUGUAUCUGGAGAUGCUUAAAAAGAGAAAGGGCUAGAGGAGAGAGGGAAACGUAUAAAAUCACACACACACACACACACACAUAUACAAGCAUUAGAGGGACUUUGUUGAAAACACAUCUGCCUUCAGUGUCAUAUGUUCAUUGGUGUCACUUGUGCUGAGACCCUCGACUACAGCUCUCUGCAGCUCAUCUUCAUAACUGUGUUCAACUAGCAAAGAACCAUGUGUACAGUAAAGCUGGGUGAUCCUCCCCUCACCAGGCAGUGACCAAGCGAGCUCGGGGGAGACAUACCCAGGAUUGACACCAGUGAUUCAGUGACAAAUAAAAAGUUUCUAUACAUAUUUCUAAGGACUUUAGUUUCAAACUUUACACUUAUUUUGAGAAAAGUAAGCAUUUAUUUAAAUUGCCUGUAGGCUAAGUACUACACUACAGCCCCAAGCACAAGACUUCGGCAUGUGGAGAAAUCCAAAGCUUGACAGCCCUGCCGUGCUUUGUUAUGGUAGCUGAGCUAUGAUUUGACAAUUGGUGUUAGGGGGAGGGGUUUAGGGAAAAGUCAAUAAUUGUCAGGUAUACACCAUAUAAAGUGUCUAGCCUUACUCUGCCUUCCUGAACCUAACAACUGAAGUGGGUGCAUUUGAAUAGCCCACAGUGGGCGAAGCCUUGAUCCUCUAACAGAUUUAUCUACAUUCAAUUUUUCUAACUUCUUAUUAGCCAUAUAUUUCUCAAUAAAAGGAUGUAUUUGGGAGUACAUAUGUAUAUGUGGCCAGUGAACUGAUUAGUGUGAUUAAAGAAUGAAUUGUCA